UUCAUUGAGUUUUUUUUUUUCUUCAAGGAUGUCAUGUAUUUUUUCAUGUGAACAGCAAGCCUGAGUUUUCUUUAUGUUCUGCACAAGCAACAAUCAAUCCACGAGUUUCAAGGUUGAAUGGACCUUUUGUCAAUUACCUCUUCCAUUUUGCCACAUGUAAUUUCUUGUCACCAAUGAGGAAGGAUCAAGAAAAAGAAAUAUUCCAAUUAGCUUUACAGCCCUUCAAGUAUUCUGAGGGAAUUUGUGCUCUACUUUUCUCAAAAGUGCUUCUCCCACACUAUAAGAACCAACAAGCCUCAAACCUCUCUCCACCACAGACUCAAAAGUUCAGUUUCUCUAAUCUUCAAUUCAAUGACUACUACUCGCAAGCAGCUUGAAGUUCUAACAGAUGAUCAAACUCCACACAAAUGGUGUGUUUUAUUGAGAGAAGAUGUGUUCAAGAAGUUCAUGUCUCAAGGCAGUCCAGCAGUGCACAAGGUUUUUGGUGGAGGAUCAUUGUUCAGUCCAUUCUUGUUUGGGAAAUUUUUUGAUCCUUCUGAUGCCUUCCCACUGUGGGAGUUUGAUGCAGAUAUCUUGUUGGCUGGUCUCAGAAGCUCUGGUCAAAGCAGUACUGUUGACUGGUUUCAAACAGAUCAAGAUUAUGUACUAAAAGCAGAUCUACCAGGAGAUGGGAAAAACAAUGUUCAGGUCUAUGCAGAAAAUGGGAAGGUUGUGGAAAUUAGUGGGCAGUGGAAGCAGCAAGGAGGAGAGUCCAAGAGCACAAAAGAUUGGAGAAGUGGGAAUUGGUGGGAACAUGGGUAUGUUAGGAAGCUUGAGCUCCCACAAGAUGCAGAUUGGAGAAGAAUAGAGGCCUCUGUGACUAAUGACCUACUUUUGGAAAUCAAAAUCCACAAGAUCAACCCCUUGGAUUGUGAUAUUAAUCGUCUGACCAUGAAAGAUAAGGAAGCAGUGUAAGUUAAACCAAAAUAUACUGCUAGUGAUGACUUGUUUAUUUUGACUUACUUGUAACAUAGAUUGUGUUAUGAUGUACUUUCAUACAAAUCUGAUCUCAUCUGAUAUCCGAUGGUAUGCA